AUGCUCCCAGUUAUCUUCUCGGUCGUCGUCUUUUGCCGCAAGGAAGCGAAUGUUCAUAUCGAACAAGUCGAAUGUAGUCCUGAUUCGCCUGUGUAUUUUGUCGAUAUUAUUUGCAGUAGUGGAAAUAAUACACGUCCCCUCUCCCUGUUUUUUUUCUCACACAACAACCGGCCAAUCAGCGCGCGAUAUUCGGCGAUAAAGCCCGAUCGGCAGGACCGACUUCCAAUAUCCGGUUUGGGUCAACGGCAGGUGUCGUCAUUUUUUUCAUGUCUACGUGUUCCUUCUUCUUUCUUUUCUCUUUCAGCUUUCUUUAGAGUUCUUUCUUUUUUCCUCCCUCUAAUUUCAUUUGUCAUUUUCUUUUUCUUCCUCACCUUUUUUUUCCUAUUUUCUUUAUUUGCUUUGCGUUUUUGUGAAUAUUCAAGGCUUGUUUCUUUACUCUUCCUUUUUAUUCAUAUAUCUCACCACUGCCAUUACCCUCUUCUUUCUUUCUUUUCCCUUCUUUUUCUUUCGUUCUUUCUUUCUUUUUACAUUCAUCAAUUUUCCUUCCUUCAUUCCUUCCUUCCUUUCUUUUUAUCUUUUUUGUUAUUUAAAUUCAUCACAUUUUCCUUUCUUUCUUUCAUUCUUUCUUUCUUUCAUUCUUUCUUAUUCAGAUUCAUCAACACUUCCGUUAUCACCUUUCUUUCUUUUUUCCUUUCUUGUUAUUUACAUUCAUCAUAUUUUCUUUCUUUCUUUCUUUCUUUCUUUCUUUCUUUCUUUCUUUCUUUCUUUCUUUCUUUCUUUCCUCCCAGUCACAAUGGCAGAAGAGUAAAUCCUUCAAAUAGGCCAAUCCCUGCCAAAUGA